AUGCAGCCACAUCGCUACAUUAACGAAUUGGAGCAUUGGAGACAUACUUCGCAGCGUCCACAACAAUAUCGCUCACCUCAGCAAUCGCCAUUACAGUCACCCACGUUAUCACCAGAAGCAGCUUCCAAAGAACCACCCAAUGCGCACGAUGCUGACACUGCUUCGGAAACCGACAAUGAUAACAAGACAACGUCCAAAGCCUUCCAAGUAGAGUCUCCUCGAGGAUGGCUUGAAUAUGCACCUUCAGCGUCGUAUUCUACGGAACGCAAAAAGGUUCAGCAUACUACAACGAAUGAGGAUACUAUCGGCACGAAGGGCCGCGGCAACAAUGAGAAUAAUGGCAGCACCAGAAAGCAUAAGCAAUUGGAGAAUCAACGGCAUACCACAGCAGCUUCCAAUGCUACGGAUUCUCAAACUGCCAGGGAUAUGCUGUGUGCUGUAUCAUAUGAAGACAUUGUGAAACUCACACAGAUGGCUGCUCAUUUACCGGAUACAAGUCUUGCCAGCAAGUAUCCUAGCAAUCGUACUCAUCAACGCCAACGAUCAGAGGAACCAAGUCAGCGCAUCAAACAUCAUGCUCGUAGUAGAUCCAUGGCUCGACCUUCAGGUGAUUUUUGCCUUGAUGAUACUCGACAUAAGCCAAGCAGAUUACGCAUUGAUCCAGGCACAUCAGCGAGCACUGAAAACUUGACAUCCAAUCACGUUGAUACGAAUGCUGUUCCCAUUGUUACACGUUCAUCUCUCAGUACACCACCACCUUCGACACAACAGCUUGUCAAUGCACGAGCAACCAAGUCUUUUGAUCCGAAUAAGAACGAGCAUCGACGAUCAUGGUACAAACCGUUUGUCAAGCGAGACAAAAAAGGCAAAUCCAAAGACACCUCAUUUGCCGAUUUGCAAAGUUCUAUAUCGGCUGAAGCAGCAGCAGCAGCAGCAUCACCAUCCUCUUCAAUUGAUACUGGUUCAUCCAUGUUACGUGAUGGAAGUCAUAGUAGUGCUGGUAGCCAUGACAUUCGCUAUCUCAUGACCAUCUCUCAAACGGAAAGCAGUACCCCGAGUAUUGGCAACAGCGAGGGUCGUGCAUCAGCAACCAACAAUACGGACCCUGAUUCUCAUGCAUCAUCAUCAUCAUCCGACAAUCGUAAACGUUCAUCACUUCAUCCAACAUCACUUAUCAAAGGUCGCUUAAUUCCCAGCAGCAUCAGAGCCUCAUCGGUUGACUCGAAUACUAGCUCCACUACCACCAGCAAACAGAAACAUUUUCGCGGCAAACCUUUUUCACUUCCACGACGACGACAUUCAUUUGACAGCAUGCAUUCUUCGACAGCAUGUAAUAAUGAAGAUUCACGUGCAAAAAGACGACGACGAAGAUCAAGUGCAGAUCCACUUGUUGUCACGAGCAGGAACAACAACAACAAAAGUCAUCCAACAACAACAACAUCACCAUCACCAACAGAGGAGAAUUGGGAGGUGGAGAAAAAACAGCAACCUGUUGUCCAUUUUGAUAACGACCUCUUGCAACGAUCAGCGAAUACUUCGAUCCAUUCACGAUCCCCUGAUUUUUCACCGGUGCAGGACAUUCGAUCAUCAUUUGACCUCUAUGCACCACCACGAGAUGACGAUUUGAACAAGCGUGAUACAAGUGAUGCGGACUCGUGUCGAUUUUACCCAUCAGGAAGUGAGGAUGGCAUCAAGAGCAACCGUGCUAGCAUCAGUGAUUACAGCGGUAUCACCUCUACAGCACCUUCCGAAGGCGGUGGUGUUGCCAGUCGUGGAGGAUCGCCUGAACCCAUUGAACCUCAAGAGACGACCAAGACCUUGAUGUUUGAUUAUGGAAGUCUUCCUGAUGAGGUCCUCGGGCUGUUGAAGGAAUAUGAAAAACAAGGGAAGAUGGAGAUUGUGGAAAAGCGUGUACGCUAUACACGUGCUCAGGAGAAGGAAGAAGAAGACGAGGAAGAAGAGGAAGAGGAGGAGGAUGACGAUGAAGAAGACGUGAUCGAUGCUUCACAGCUUGUUGGUGGUAUCCCCUUCGUUAAUGAUAAGCCCGUUGGCGACUCUCAGAGUGAAACGGAGUCCAUGAUCACGAGAAAAAUAGCAAUUGUGCGUGCAAGCAAAUCGGAUAACGCAGAUUUCGUCAAGCUUAUUCAUCUCACAGAUGGCCGGUCAUUGAGAAAUGGAUACCUGCUUGAUCUCCAUGUUACGAUGGUGGAAGACGCUGAAGAUUUAAGCGAAGACGAGAAUUCACAAGAAGAUCUUCAUAUGCUUAUGAAGAAUUUGGAUGUUCGCAUUGAAGAAUUAAAAGGCUUGACCCAGGCCUCGAAGGAAUUCAUGGAUGAAAAUCGCAAAACGAUCGAGGCGCUAGCUGUUGAUGAUUCUGAACGCAAUAGCUUCGACGCUUCUACCUGGCAAAGUCCACCCAAUAGCCGGCAGACAUCUACAAAGAGUAUCCACAGUAUCAAGGAAGUUGCCAUGUCACAAGGGUUGGAAAACGAGCAAGCACGUUCAAAGAGAAAGGGUGUAUUCUUUACGAAUUCUCCAUCAUCAGCAUCGUCAUCAUCUAGCUCAUUGGGGGCAUCAAGUACCAACACCGCACCUCCAGCAACCUUGUCAAGAUCAUCGCGCCAACUUAGCUUUUCAUCUUCUAUCAGACAUGUGCCUUCCCUUCGCCUUGAUACACAUUUGCCCUAUCGGUCCGUCAACCCUUUCGACUAUCGACAAGAGGAAGUGCAACUUGGCGUGUGUGCUUUGGAGAACGAAAUGAUCGAAUUUAAGCGAGCCUUGUGUGAAACGGAAGAGCUUAUCCGUGACAUUCAAAUUGAUAUCAGUGACACGCGACAAAAGAUGGCUUGCUAUAUCAAGGACAUGCCAGAUGCCCAUUAUUCAGCUCUCAAGAAACUUGAAGUGGAUAUCGAAUCAAUAUUAGCGAAUCGAGCAAAGAAUCCAUGGCUUGAUACCGGUUAUGCAUUACUUUCGUAUUUAUUAACACUGUGUGCCUUGCUCGUAUGGAUCAUCAUCUGUGCAUUAAAAUGGGGUCGUACAGUGAUCUUGUUUCCCCGGAAACUAUGGCGUACCUAUAAUGAAUACCUCUUGGAGCGUAACAAGGCUGUCAAGCAAGCUAGUUUACGGACGGUUUCCUCUGGUGUCGAGCUCAGCUCAGCAUUACGCAGUCCCACUCGCCCACGGCAUCGCCAUCAAGACCUCUAA